UUGCCGUGGCCCCGGCCACCGCUGGCCGCCGGGCUCCUGUUCCCAGCCAGCCGGUGCGGCGCGCGCCCCCGCUAUGUCCUCCUGGCGGCCCCCAGCGCCCGCGGCCUCAGUGUCUCUGCCAUCUCGUUUGCAGAAGCCCAGGUUCAGGCCCCUCCGGUCAUUCCUGCAACGCCCUCACCCACAGCAGUAACUGAGGUGGCUUCUGGAGAGACUGCAGAUGUAGUCCAAGCUGCUGCAGAACAGAGCUUCGCUGAACUUGGGCUGGGAUCAUAUACCCCAGUGGGAUUGAUCCAGAACCUAAUGGAAUAUAUGCAUGUUGACCUUGGCCUCCCUUGGUGGGGGGCCAUUGCUCUGUGUACAGUCCUUGCCCGCUGCCUGGUGUUUCCUCUCAUUGUGAAGGGCCAACGAGAGGCAGCCAAGAUCCACAACCACAUGCCAGAGAUCCAGAAGUUUUCCACUCGAAUCAGAGAGGCCAAGUUGGCAGGAGACCAUGCUGAGUUUUACAGGGCCUCCUCGGAGAUGACAUUGUAUCAGAAAAAGCAUGACAUUAAACUCUUUAAACCUCUCAUUCUACCUCUGACUCAGGCACCAAUCUUCAUCUCCUUCUUCAUUUCCUUGAGAGAAAUGGCCAACCUUCCUGUGCCCAGCCUACAGACAGGUGGCCUCUGGUGGUUCCAGGAUCUCACACUAUCUGACCCCACCUACAUAUUACCAAUGGUAGUCACUGCUACAAUGUGGGGUGUCCUUGAGUUAGGUGCUGAGACUGGUGUGCAAAGUUCUGACCUCCACUGGAUGAGAAAUGUUAUGAGAGUGAUACCCCUGGCAGUCUUGCCCAUAACUGUCCAUUUCCCCUCGGCAGUGUUCGUGUAUUGGUUCUCCUCGAAUAUGUUUUCCCUGGUCCAGGUGUCUUGCCUCCGGAUUCCAGGUGUACGAACUAUGCUUAAAAUCCCCCAACGUGUUGUGCACGACCCCGACAAAUUACCUCCACGGGAAGGCUUCAUAAAGAGCUUCAAAAGUGGCUGGAAGAAUGCUGAACUCAACUAUCAGCUACAAGAGCGUGAACGGCGCAUGCAGAAUCACUUGGAACUAGCAGCCAGGGGUAAAUAACCCUUUCAAGUGACCUUUACCCACAACCCUCUGCUACAGCAUGGUAAAAAUCCCCCCUCCCAACACCCCUAACAGCAGCAGCAGCAACAAACCAAAGUCAGAGCGACCCUGGCGGGACACACUCGGCUGAAUUCUGUUCCCUGCUCAUACUGACAUUAACUGUUUCUCCAAAGACUCAGCCUUAGAACAAGAUUUUUGCUGGGUCCUUGCCCCAGACCUAGAAACUAUGGGACAUGGAGAUGUCUGUUUUAAAAUGGAUUCCACUCUAAACUCUUACAUCUAAGCAUAAAAGAGCACUCGGGAGCCAAGUGAUCUUUCCAUCUACAGAAUUAGUAAACCUCUGUAUUAUAUGUU